GAGCGCCGACGGACACAAGCUGGGCUUUCCCCCGGGGGCGCGGGUCGGCGGCACCGCCGCUGGCGGUAUCAGUGGGGACAGUGCUAUUGGCUGCGGCGCGCCCAAGAGCGCCCCCUGACGGGCAAGCGGCACCUUUAGGAACCAAGUGACAGGGCGAGCACCGGCCCGCGCGCCAGGCGCUGCCAGCAGCCCUGCGGGGAGCUUUCCGGGCAGCUUUCCUGCCCUCGAGGCGAGCCGCGCUGACGGGAGAAAGGCGUCGCCGGCCUUUUCAUCUCUCUCCCCCCCACCUCCGGCGCGGCGGCGGCGAAGUUUGUUUUGGCCCGGCGGGAUGAGCCUGCCUCCCGCCUUCGCGCCCUAAGGGCGGGGGCCCCCUUCGCCGACUUCUCCGGGCGCAGCCACCCGCUUUGGCCCCAUGGAGAACCCGGCGGGCGGCGGCACCGUCGUCCCAGCUGCAGCGCCCGCGGAGCAACAGCCCCAGCCGCCGCCUGCAGCGGGAGCGAGCGCGGGGGACUCGUCGGAGCAGCCCGGCGGUGCCGAGGCGCUGCCGCCGGGCUCCGAGGUGGCGCCGGAGGGCAACGGGCCGGUGCUUCGGCAGCGCUCGCUGCGGGCGGUGUACGUGCUCAACGACGGCCCCAAGGGCGGCUCGGGGGCGCGGAGCCCCGAGGCCGGCGCGCUGCAGUGCCUGGCGCGAGCUUGCGAGGCCGAGGGAGCGCAGCUCAGCACCGUCAACUUUGGCGAGCUGGACUUCGGCGAGACGGCCGUGCUGGACGCCUUCUACGACGCGGAUGUUGCAGUAGUGGAUAUGAGUGAUGUCUCCAGACAACCAUCCCUAUUCUACCACCUUGGAGUUCGUGAAAGUUUUGAUAUGGCCAAUAAUGUUAUACUCUAUCAUGACACUGAUGCUGAUACUUCUCAAUCACUGAAGGACAUGGUGUCUCAGAAAAACACAGCUUCAAGUGGCAAUUACUACUUCAUUCCAUACAUUGUAACGCCAUGUGCAGAUUAUUUUUGCUGUGAAAGUGAUGCCCAGCGGAGAGCCUCUGAGUACAUGCAGCCCAACUGGGACACCAUCCUAGGGCCUCUGUGCGCUCCAUUGAUGGACAGGUUUAUCAGCCUUCUCAAGGACAUUCAUGUCACAUCAUGUACAUAUUACAAGGAAACUCUGUUAAAUGACAUUAGAAAAGCUAGAGAAAAGUAUCAAGGAGAAGAACUGGCAAAGGAACUGACCAGGAUUAAACUCCGUAUGGAUAAUACUGAAGUCCUCACUUCUGACAUUGUAAUCAACUUACUUCUGUCAUAUCGAGAUAUCCAGGACUAUGAUGCCAUGGUGAAGCUGGUGGAAACACUGGAAAUGCUCCCUACUUGUGAUCUGGCUGAUCAGCACAAUAUCAAAUUUCAUUAUGCGUUUGCACUGAAUCGAAGAAACAACACAGGUGACCGGGGGAAGGCACUGCAAGUGAUGCUGCAGGUCUUGCAGACAUGUGAUCGCCCAGCACCUGACAUGUUCUGCUUGUGUGGGAGAAUCUACAAGGACAUUUUCCUUGAUUCGGACUGUAAAGACACCAGCAGCCGGGACACAGCCAUUGAAUGGUAUCGUAAAGGGUUUGAGCUCCAGUCAACUCUGUAUUCUGGGAUUAACCUUGCAGUCUUGCUGAUUGUUGCAGGGCAGCAGUUUGAAACCUCCAUGGAACUAAGGAAAAUAGGUGUGCGAUUGAACAGUUUGUUGGGAAGAAAAGGGAGUUUGGAAAAAAUGAACAAUUACUGGGAUGUCGGGCAGUUCUUCAGUGUAAGCAUGUUGGCCAAUGACAUUGGUAAAGCAGUGCAAGCAGCAGAGAGACUGUUUAAACUGAAACCACCCAUUUGGUAUUUGAAGUCAUUGGUUCAGAACCUGAUGUUAAUACAGCGGUUCAAGAAACUCACCAUAGAACAUUCUCCUAGACAAGAGAGACUGAACUUCUGGUUAGAUAUCAUUUUUGAGGCAACUAAAGAAACAACUAAUGGCUUGAGAUUCCCAGUACUGGUGAUAGAGCCAACUAAGGUAUACCAGCCUGCGUAUGUUUCAAUCAACAAUGAAGCGGAAGAAAGAACUGUUUCCCUUUGGCACGUCUCUCCGACAGAAGUGAAACAGAUUCAUGAGUGGAAUUUUACAGCUUCUUCUAUUAGAGGAAUAAGCAUAUCUAAAUUUGACGAACGGUGUUGUUUUCUGUAUGUCCACGACAACUCUGAUGACUUUCAGAUCUACUUUUCUACAGAGGGCCAGUGUAGUAGGUUUUGUAGUCUGGUUAAAGAGAUCUUAACAGAUGUUGUAGGAAGUACUCUGGAACUGGAAGGAGAGAGUGAUGGAGACACAUUGGAAUAUGAGUAUGACUAUGAUGAGAAUGGAGACAGAGUAGUGUUGGGCAAAGGAACCUACGGGAUAGUUUAUGCUGGAAGAGAUCUUAGCAAUCAGGUCCGAAUAGCCAUCAAGGAAAUACCAGAGAGAGACAGCAGAUAUUCUCAGCCACUGCAUGAAGAAAUAGCCCUCCACAAGUAUUUGAAGCACCGAAAUAUUGUCCAGUAUCUUGGUUCUGUUUCUGAAGAUGGAUAUAUUAAAAUCUUCAUGGAACAGGUGCCUGGAGGAAGUCUUUCUGCAUUACUAAGAUCAAAAUGGGGACCAAUGAAAGAACCCACAAUUAAGUUUUACACCAAGCAAAUCCUAGAGGGCCUGAAGUAUCUCCAUGAGAACCAGAUUGUCCACAGAGACAUAAAAGGAGACAAUGUUUUAGUGAACACAUACAGUGGAGUAGUGAAGAUUUCUGAUUUUGGGACCUCCAAGCGCCUUGCAGGAGUGAAUCCAUGUACAGAGACAUUUACAGGCACUUUGCAGUACAUGGCACCAGAGAUUAUUGAUAAGGGACCUCGAGGAUAUGGUGCACCAGCUGAUAUCUGGUCUUUGGGCUGCACUACCAUUGAAAUGGCGACAGGGAAGCCUCCCUUUCAUGAACUGGGUGAACCACAGGCAGCUAUGUUCAAAGUUGGAAUGUUCAAAAUUCACCCUGAAAUUCCUGAAUCACUAUCUGCUGAGGCAAGAGCUUUUAUUUUGCUCUGCUUUGAACCUGAUCCAAAUAAACGAGUCACAGCAUUGGACUUACUUAAGGACCCAUUCUUGAAACAGUUGAACAAGGGCAAGAAAAACAGAAUUGCGUUCAAGCCUUCAGAUUAUAACCGCAGCACAUCACUCCCGUUGCCAGUCCAGGGGGAACAGGCUGGCAGCAGCAGCAGUGAACACGGCUCAGUCUCACCGGACUCUGAUAUGCCACAUGACAUGCUAUUUGAUAAGGCAAAGCGCUCCGUGUCAGAGGUUCAGACAAAGAGUCCUAUCUCCCAUUUACUAAGUGUCCCCGACGACAGCUCCAUUUCAGAUGAGCGAAGUGCUUCCCCUUCACUUGAGGAAAGGGAUUCUGGUCUUUUCUUGCUACGAAAGGACAGUGAACGACGUGCAAUUCUGUAUAAAAUCCUCAAAGAAGAGCAAAACCAAGUAGCUUCCAAUUUAAAAGAAUGUGUAGCACAGAGUUCUGAAGAACUGCAUCUUUCAGUUGCUCAUAUCAAGCAGAUAAUUGGGAUUUUAAGAGAUUUUAUACGUUCUCCUGAACACAGAGUUAUGGCAUCAACUAUAUCCAAGUUGAAAAUUGAACUGGACUUUGACAGUACUUCCAUCAAUCAGAUUCAUCUAGUGUUGUUUGGAUUUCAAGAUGCAGUUAACAAAGUACUAAGGAAUCAUUUAAUCAGACCUCAUUGGAUGUUUGCUAUGGAUAAUAUAAUACGACGUGCUGUUCAAGCUGCUGUCACUAUUCUCAUUCCAGAACUUCGAGCUCACUUUGAACCAGCAUCAGAGACUGAAGGAGUUGACAAAGAUGCAGAUGAAGUAGAUGAGGAUUACCAGCAGGCACAGCAAAAAAGACACGAAGAAACAGUUAUCACAUCUGGAGUGUGCAUGCUCACGUCUUCUGUGACCCCUGACACUCAGGAGCAGCUCAGCUUGCAGUUGGGCAAGCUUAAGCAAGAAACAAACAGGUUACUGGAGAGCCUGGUACAGAGGGAGAGAGAAUACCAGACACUGCUGAGGCAAACACUGGAGCAAAGAAUUCAAGACUUGCAUCUCCUUCAGCUACAGUUGAAAACUGCUGAAAUUCAACCACCUCCAUCUGCUCUUCAGCACUGCGUAGACCAAGAACUGAUCAAGUGGUUGAAGCAACAGAAAGCCGAUUCAGAUACAAUUGAUAGGUUUGUUCAAGAGGAUUAUACACUCAGUGAUGUUCUAAACCACAUCACUAAAGAUGACUUGCGAUUCCUUAGACUCCGUGGUGGUAUUCUUUGCCGAAUAUGGAAUGAAAUAUUAAAGCACAGAAAACUGAAUAAACUCUUGGAAUUGGAAGCAUAACUCUUAUACCAAGUUCUGAGAAAUUGAAAUGGGAAGAGAGCACACAUUCCAACUAAGUUAUUAAUUACUGUACAUACUGUUUAUACUGGUCCUACAGGUUUUGCACUAAUAUAUAUAUAUGAAGUUAUAUUAAAGUCGUGUGAUGAUAGCCUUUUCUACUAGUAUACUUAAUCAUGUAUUUUUCCAGAUGUGUAAAUAAUACAGUAGCUUGGAAACUGCUUGCCUUAUAGACUAAAAUGUAGCCUGUGCACUUUAACCACUCAUAGCAAAUACAUAGUGUUCUAGGCAUGCCAGCUGCUUUUUAAAAACAGUAAUUGCUGCCUUCUGAUUUAAUAUAAAUUAUUACUAUGUAUAAUUUUAUAAGAUAAAAAAACCAGUUGGUACAAAGAUUCUAUGCAAAGAGUGGGUUACAAACUCACUCUAGGUGCAUAUUAAAAAGGUAAAAAUAAAACAUGCUGAAAAAG